AUGCAUCAUCUCCGCUUUUACCUGCCGCUCCAGCGUGUGGACGGCGGGUUCGCGUUCUUUGCUCCUGGCGGGGUCGGUCCAGUUCCUGCAGAGUUGCAGCAUUACCCAACAGUCGUGGUAUCAACGGAUCCUUCAAAUGAAAACCAACUGAUACCCGUUGAUAAAAAGGGCGUAAAGCUCACUUCUCAGGGCAAGAAGGAGACGGGCCGACGAAGGCGCUCAGGAAAGCCAGCUACAGAUACCAUCGAGCAACCUGUGCCAGCUACCGGCAACAGUGAUGCGCACAGCACCAUUGAUGAAUCCGAAGAUGAAGUCUACAUGGGAGACAACGCGAAAAGCAACAGAGCCCUUCUCGAAGCCCAGGCAGUCGCUCGUAGGCUGAUAACGUUGACUAAAGAGAUAGACGGCGGCCUUGUACAAGGAGAAGAGGCCACUGGACAGCGAAAUGAUCCAAAGGAGGGUCUUGUCAUAACGGAGGCAGGGGCUGUCUAUCUACCAAGUACUCAAGCAUCGGCAGUAAGGGCUUGUACUCAUACAUACGGGCCCAUGCUGUCUCGGGUCCUCAUGUCUUAG